AGUACGAAAACGAAGUAGACUAUUGACCCGCUCCCCACGUCGAAGAUUGUAGUAAAGCCCGCCCCCACCACGACUACUGUGAAAAUGAGUGAUGGGGAAUCCACAGCCGCAAGAGAGGGAGAAGAGAAGAAGGUGGAUGAUGCUGGUAUCUUUAAUAAACCUCGUUUUGUGCUGUCGUAGUCGUGCGUGUGCAGAUGAAUGAAUCUGAACGAAUAAGAGGUACCGCCCACGGCCUCACCCUUUCCUAUUUAACAAAAAGUCCUAUAACAAAAAGCUUGACGCAAUCGGCCUCACCAUAUUUUACAGAAUCAGCAACGUCGAAGGAUGUCGCGAGGGACGCAACCAACACGGAUAAAAAAGCGCCUGCUGCCUCAGAGGGUAGCACACUGCAGGAUGCCGAGGCACGUACGACAAAAACAGGUAGUACAACGAUCUACUCGAAAACUGAAAAUAACCGAGUUACUGACUGAAAUAAGGGAGGUAGGUAGCUUAACGUCAAGGCUACUAUUCCUUCUCAUCAGUAUCUCGGUUAUUCUGAUCAGUUACUUGCUUAUUUCAGUUUUUCGAAUAAUGUAUUACUAGACGAGAAAGCAAAAGAAGUCUUCUUCAGCUGCUUGUGAUUGAUGCUCAUUUUCAUGCAGCAGAUUUUUGCCAAAAUUUCACGACAGACAUCGGACAGACGAAUCCGACGAUUAUGGAAAGCCAAUAAUUGACCUCUGGUGGCCGUAGUGUGGUUUUACAGUGCAUGCACAAUAAUUGAUUACAAGUUAAUCUUCUUCCUACUAUUUAUGAUGUGAUAUUUACAUUUACUUACCGCCUCGUCGUUAUAUCGUCUCGACUUCUCGUGUCCUAGUCGUCGUUAAGUCUAGAUCUUCGUGUUGUAUCCGACGGUUAAGUCUAGGUCCUCGGACAGACGAAUACGACGAUUAUGGAAAGGACUUAUAAGUAAUAAUUGAUUACAUAAACAAUCCCGCUUUUUACACCUCCGACUCUUCAUCACAAGGCAGUCCCUCGAGACAUCAGCUGCAGUGAUUCACAGCAUCCUAGCGAAUGCAGUGGAUAAAGCCGAUCUAACUAGAGAUCAG